AAAGUCAAGGAUAAGAUCCCCGAAGAGGACCGCAAGAAGAUUCUCGACAAAGUGAAUGAUGUCAUCAAAUGGUUGGACACGAAUCAGUUGGCAGAGAAGGAGGAGUUCGAGCACAAGCAGAAGGAGAUGGAAGGCGUGUGCAAUCCCAUCAUCACUAAGCUCUACCAGAGCGCCGGCGGUGCCCCCGGAGGUGCCGCAGGCUUUCCGGGCGGCUUCCCCGGCGCGGGCGGUGCUCCUCCCGGAGGUGCUGGCGCUGCGCCCGGAGGCGGCUCUGGCGGCGGGCCCACCAUCGAAGAGGUCGACUAA